CCCUUCCCGGGCGGCUCCGCGGCCAUGGCGGGCGCUGACAGCCAGGUGGACGCUGGGGAAGAGAAGAAGGCAGACUGCGGGAAGAAGAAGAUGAAGGAAGGGGCUGGCGAUGGAGGGCGGUCGGAGCUAAAUCCCUGGCCUGCUUUUAUCAAUGAGCGUUUGGAGAUGUACAAUAAACUUAAGGCUGAACAUGAUGCACUCCUUGCAGAAAGAGCUGCAAAUGACAGUAAACCCAUUAAAGUUACAUUACCUGAUGGCAAGCAGGUUGAUGCCGAAUCUUGGAAGACUACUCCUUAUCAAAUUGCGUGUGGAAUUAGUCAGGGAUUAGCUGACAACACGGUUAUUGCCAAAGUGAACAAGGUGGUUUGGGAUCUAGACCGUCCUUUGGAGGAGGAUUGUUCCUUGGAGCUGCUGAAGUUUGAGGAUGAAGAGGCUCAAGCAGUCUACUGGCACUCAAGUGCUCACAUAAUGGGUGAAGCUAUGGAGCGAAUCUAUGGUGGUUGUUUGUGCUAUGGCCCACCAAUAGAAAAUGGAUUUUACUAUGACAUGUUUCUUGAGGAAGGGGGUGUAUCAAGUAAUGACUUCGCUGCUUUGGAAACAUUAUGCAAGAAGAUCAUGAAGGAAAAACAAGCCUUUGAAAGACUGGAAGUUAAGAAGGAAACACUGCUUGAAAUGUUUAAGUACAAUAAAUUCAAGUGUCGCAUUCUGAAUGAGAAGGUCAAUACCCCAACUACUACAGUAUACAGGUGUGGUCCCCUGAUAGAUUUAUGCAGAGGGCCUCAUGUCAGACAUACUGGCAAGAUAAAGACCAUAAAAAUUCAUAAGAAUUCUUCUACCUAUUGGGAAGGCAAGGCUGAUAUGGAAUCCCUCCAGAGGAUCUAUGGAAUUUCAUUCCCAGAUACAAAAAUGCUGAAGGAGUGGGAGAAGUUCCAGGAGGAGGCGAAAAGCAGAGAUCACAGAAAAAUUGGGCGGGACCAAGAACUGUUUUUCUUCCAUGAGCUCAGCCCUGGUAGCUGUUUUUUCUUGCCAAAAGGAGCUUACAUUUAUAACACAUUAAUUGAAUUCAUACGGAGUGAGUAUCGAAAACGUGGAUUCCAGGAGGUUGUCACUCCAAAUGUUUUCAACAGCAAACUGUGGAUGACUUCAGGGCACUGGCAGCAUUACAGUGACAAUAUGUUUUCCUUUGAAGUGGAGAAAGAAAUAUUUGCUCUGAAGCCUAUGAACUGUCCAGGACACUGCCUUAUGUUUGACCAUCGCCCGAGGUCGUGGCGCGAGCUGCCGUUGCGCUUGGCAGAUUUUGGUGUCCUGCAUCGCAACGAGCUGUCGGGAGCUCUCACGGGACUCACCCGAGUACGCCGGUUCCAGCAGGACGACGCUCACAUCUUCUGUGCUAUGGAGCAGAUUGAAGAUGAGAUAAAGAGCUGUCUGGAGUUCUUGCGUACCGUGUAUGAUGUCUUUGGAUUUUCGUUUAAACUCAAUCUCUCCACCCGUCCUGAAAAGUACCUGGGAGAUAUUGAAGUGUGGAAUCAAGCUGAAAAGCAACUUGAAAACAGCCUCAAUGCCUUCGGUGAGAAAUGGGAGUUAAACCCUGGUGAUGGAGCUUUCUAUGGACCUAAGAUUGACAUUCAGAUUAAGGAUGCCAUUGGCCGCUACCACCAAUGUGCUACAAUUCAGCUCGACUUCCAGUUGCCAGUCAGAUUUAACCUCACCUUUGUCAGCCAUGAUGGCAAUGACAAGACUAGACCAGUUAUCAUUCACCGGGCUAUCUUGGGAUCUGUGGAGAGAAUGAUUGCCAUUCUAACUGAGAACUAUGGAGGCAAAUGGCCACUCUGGCUGUCCCCACAGCAAGUAAUGGUGGUACCAGUGGGACCAGCAUGUGAUGAGUAUGCUCAAAAGGUCAGGCAGCACUUCCAUGAUGCUGGAUUUAUGGCAGAUGUUGAUGUAGAUCCUGGGUGCACACUGAACAAGAAGAUCAGAAACGCUCAGCUUGCUCAGUAUAACUUUAUUCUGGUUGUUGGUGAAAAGGAGAAGGCAAGUGGAACAGUGAACAUCCGCACCCGCGACAACAAGGUGCAUGGGGAAAGAACCAUUGCAGACACUGUGGAGAGGCUGCUCCAGCUGAAAUCCUCUCGUUCCAGACAAGCUGAAGAAGAAUUUUAACACCAUCUGCUCUACCUGGCAUAUAAAGAAUUUGUAGUUUUCCUAAUUUAGUUAACCAGAGUUUUUGUUCUGAGCCAGAUUUGAAGUAUAUUUCACAUUUGGACCUCUUGCUCAUUUUAAUGGGGAUCUUUCUUUAGUCAAAAAUGCCUCUUUUUGUAUUAAAAAAAAAUCAAGUUUUUCAAAAACGUGGAAGUAAAGUGUCCUGGCUUUUAACCAGUGACAUAUGAAGCAAGAUAAAAUGACUUUCUGUGACUGCAAGGAAAGAUUGAAACAUUAAUCAGAGGUAUCUCUGGCAUUCUAUCUGCCCUGUUAAGAAUAACAUACAUUUUGAUAACAUAUUUUUCAUGUCAGUUUAACAGUAGACCUCAGGCUUAAGAACCCACAUAGUACCCAUGUGCUGCAGCAGCAGCUUCUGGAGUGUCUC